CAGGGAAAAGGGGAAGUUGGGGAGAGGAAGCUGCUUGAAAACAAGGUGACGCCUAUAGUACGUGACUCGCUGACUGGACCUGACAAGCAGAGACAAAGAGCCAGAGAGAGGAGGAAGACAUUUAGCUUAACUCCUGUUUGAUAUUGUUUGCAGGAGCAGCUGUAGAUCUAGGAACUGUCAUCUUUAACUAGAUUAUUUCUUGUAAUGCAAUGGCAACUGCUAUGAAGAUAUUUUAUUAUUUUGGGCCAUAAAUCCACUUGCAGAGUGAAUUGCACUGCACCUUAACCUCUGAGAAAGUGAACGUAAGAGUGGAAGAGCUCUGGUUCGACUGUGUUGUUUGUCUCAACUUUGGAGAGCAGGUGUUAUGGAUCUACAGUGUUUCCUGUGCUGGAGAGUUACCCUGCUGCUUCUCUUGAUGCCAUGUGGGCUCCAGUGUAUGUCAGUGCACAUCCUCAACGAGGAGCCUGUGUACGUAAUCCCCGGCUCCAAGCUGGUUCUCAAUGCUCGGAUCGAGGUGGGACCCCUGGAGUCGGUCUUCAAUGUAACCUGGGAACGGGAGUCUGAAACUGGAGUUGAUACCAAGAGAGUGACACUGGCCACGUGCCCUGAUAGAAGCCUCAAGUGUGACAAUACAAGGCCAAAUGUCCAAAUGAAUGUGAAGCAGCACGAGACGGCACUUCAGAUUAAUGGUUACAGCAACGCGGACAGCGGCGUGUACGCUGUGACUGUGAUGGAUCACAAAGGGGCCAAGACCACUGCACACUGCAUCGUCAGGAUGUAUGAGGCGGUGCACCACGUCUCAGUCAGCAUCAACGUGUCCCACUCCUCCCUGGUUUGUGGCGAGGCCUGGGGGACUGACCCCAACUUCAGUUGGCUCCACGAGAGAGUCGCCAUCACCAAGACUGUGGGUACAGUCUCCAAGGAUGGAACAACAUUGUUUGUGACCAAGACUCCAAUCUGUGGCCACUUCACCUGCAUGGUUAGCAACAAGCUGGGCUACAGUACUGCCACCUACACAGCAGCACCUUGUGAGACAGAGGGCAGAGGGACAGCAGCUGCUGUAGUGUGUCUCGUCCUCCUGCUGCUGUUUGGAGGAGUGCUGGCAUUUCUGCUGUGGAGGAGACACAGGCACAAUAACAGAGGAGAGAGGCUGCACGAACAUUUGGAUGACACCAUUUAAAAACUGGCCUAAGAAACACUUUGUUACUCAGAGGUCUCAGAGAGGAGAACAGGAAAUGGACUGGAACUUCCUGUCCUGUGAGCAGUAUGACCUUACACGGCAUUGAAACAAUGUGAAAAGUGAACUGCUUGCUGGCAAAAUAUCUAAAUAUGGAUAUACAGCUUGAAGUGCCAGCAAUGUCUUUACACUGCCUCCUGCUGGGGUGCACCUGAUACUGUGUAUUUAAUAAAGUAAUCAUUUUGUAUCUACUGCAUAUUGUAUUGAAAUUGACUGUAUACUGUAAUAAAAGCCCUUCACAGAAUGUGACAAAACUCAGUGAUUCA